AUGGCCACAUCUCAAUUGAGGGCAAUUGGCGUUUUUGCGCGAAGCGCGCGCCUCUCCCAGCGUGCUUUCACCACCUCCGCUCGGCAAUUCGAGGCCGCUGUCUCAACCAAGACCAACGAGGCCUCGCCCGCUCCCAUCGAUGAGAACAAGCCCGCCGAGAUCAACCAGGCUCCCAACCGCCUCGGUGUUUGGUCCCGUAGCCAGAAGCCUCGUGCUCAGGCUAUGACUGGUCCCCGAUUCGAGCAGACCGACUUCGACUCCCAGCCUCAACCCAAGGCUGCUAUCGAGAUGAUCCACAAGCAGCCCGUUACAUGGACUCAUGAGCGCAUUGUUGCUUGCAACGGUGGUGGUGGUCCCGAGGGCCAUCCCAGAGUCUUCAUCAACACCGACAAGCCCGAGAUUGCUGUUUGCGGUUACUGCGGCCUGCCUUUUGCUCAUGAGCACCACCGUACCCACCUCGAAUCCCUCCCUGAGACUUCUUACCCUCUCUCAUAA